UUUUUCAACAUUGGAUUACUAAAAAACUUAAUAUUUUUAUUUAGCUUUGUUUUGUAAAUACAUCAGUAAGUAUUUCGCUGUAUGUUUAUUAAAUACUGCAAAAUAAUACGCCACGUUAAAAUUUGCUAUAAUGGCCUUUAAAUACAUACUAACAAUGCCUAUCAUAAAUGACAACAAAUGAUUCCAGUUGCAAUGAAAUAUAAUAGCGGUUUAAAAAACAUUUAAGUACUUAAAAUUUUAAUAAUAUACGUGCUAUUAUUAAUAAUAUAUUAUCGUGUUAGUACUUGUAAUUAAGUUAUCUUUUGGUUACCAUAAAAUAAUCCUCAAAACAAUAAUGAAAAAAGGAACAUACUUAAUGUGAACGCCUGUUCUUUAAUCCACCGGUGAUCAGUGACAACGUUUAUCUUAUUAAAUAAGAAUAAAAAUGACAGAAAAUAAAUCAAAAGAAGAAAGUCCAUCGGUAAUUCAAUCAGAAGAUCAAGAGACGGAUAUGAUGAACAUGUUUGCGAGUGUUUGGGUGAAAGUGGAAGUGGAGGAAGAGAAUGAAUUCAGUAACAGCGAGGAUAAAAAAUCUAGUGUACGCAGUAAGAGUAGACGAAAGGGAAAAAAGCGUAAAUUUACAAAGGUACUUAACUGCGAAGAAUGUGAUUACACAACGGUUUACAAAAAUUGCUUGGAUCUUCAUGUGGCUGGUCACAAGGACUCGAAGCCGUUUUCAUGCCAACUCUGCGAAUACACGACUAAGUACCCUACUUCCCUCCAACGGCAUGUCAUGAUAAAACAUCAAUCAGAUGAUUCGAGUGUAUCGGAAAAGGACAAAAAAACUCUGCCAAUGCAUAAAUGCGAUGAAUGCGAUUAUUCAUCAUACUUCAAAUGGAAUUUAAACGCACACAAACGUAAACACAAACAAGAGAAACAAUUCAAGUGCCCGCACUGCACAUAUGCAACAGCGUACAGGCAUAAUUUCGUCAAACACAGUAAAGUCCACAAUGAGGGUGUAUUCUAUAAAUGCGACAAGUGUCCGUUCGUAACGAAAUUUGAAGGUCACAUAACAAGACAUUUAGCGAAGAUCCACAACGAGGUUACAGAGAAAGCGAACAAGUGUGAUUUUUGUGAUUUUUCAACGAUGGUACGUUGGAGGUUGAACAUUCACAAGCAACGGAGCAAGCAAGAAGCGCCAUUGAAAUGCGAGUACUGUGAAUUUGAAACAGUUUAUAUGUGUGAAAGUAAACAGCACAAAGUGUCACACUAUAACAGGAUAUAUGGAUCGGGUGUUAUUCAAAAUAAAAUGUCUGAAGACAUACAGUUACCCUCCUUGGAUAUACAGGAAAAAUCUGACUACAUAACCCAGGAGACACUCGAUAAAAGGGACACACAAAACCAGUACACACUCGACCCGAACUGCUUAGAUUGGAAUAGUAUACAAGUUUUAGAAUCUGAAGAUAAGGAGAGACCGUUCUUGUGUCAUAUGUGUAAUUAUACUUCGAAGUUCAAAGCAGCGGUUCAAAGACAUUUUCAAAGACACCACACCGGCAGUCAGAACCGUCCCUAUAAAUGUGUAAACUGUGAUUUCUCAACAAAAACGAAGGAUCAGAUUGCGUUACACAAUAAACGGAGUCAAUCGGAUAAGGUCUUAUUCUGCACAAUUUGUAGUUUCUCAACGACUUACAAAUGUCAGUAUGUUAUGCACCAGAAAUGUCACUAUGCGUACAAAUGCACGCUUUGCCCGUAUUCGUGUAGGCAUAAAUAUGAAUUGCAAAAACAUUUCACGACUCUACACUUGGGUAACGGAUUGAAAUGCAGCUUCUGUGAUUAUAAAGCAGCUAGAAAGGAGAGCCUGCUGUGCCAUGAGACGAUACAUACUGGCAAUAAGCCAUUUAAAUGUACAUAUUGUUCCUACAUGUCUGUCCGUAAGUCAUUACUGGAUAACCAUGUUAAGAGAUAUCACAGCGAUAUAAAGAAAGAUGUGACAAUAGUCAGUGAGACGAAGAUUCAGUCGUUGAAAGUUCCAAUGCCAUCAUUGAUUGAUAGUUUGAGGGGCCAGUGUGAUCAAAUUCCUAUUACAGAGUAAAUUAUACUAAUAUACAAAUUUAAAACAAAUUGUUUUAAAAUAAGGCCUCUUUUAAUCAGUGCAGGCUCGCUUGACUUGUUAUUACAGUUCAGCUGCAAAGAAAAUGAGUUUCAAAUGUCUGUCAGUUGGUCACACUACAUCAAUAAAUACUUGAUUUAACCAAAAAGCAAAGCAGUGUGAAAUAAUAUUCUUUUAUUAGGCCUUCAUGAAUCACUUCGUCUAUUUGUGAAAACCGUAUGAAAAUCUGUUCGGUAACUUUUGAGUUUAUCACAUUCAGACAGACCAGUGUGGUGAAGGCUGUAUUAAUUUAUUAAUUAUAUGACAAGGUUUAUGUAUUUUAAUUCCGUGCAAUGUCCAAAUCGUUGUUUAGACAAAUGCAGUAUUUUAAACCCAUUGGUGAUUAUGACUUCUAGAAAUACCUGAUCUCACUUCCCUCUGGAAUAUUGUAUCGUCUUUUAUUAUAUCUUCAAUUAUACUAGCGUAGAGAUACAGAAACGGGCCGGAAUAGCCACUCUUUUGAGAAAUCCUUAAUUCUCAGGCCCCUCCAAAAUAUUAGUAACCUUUUAAUGUAAGCGGUGUACAAAAUAAAAACAAUGUGAAAUAAUUAGCUAAAUUAUAAUUAAAUUCAAGUAAUUAUAAAAACUGUUCCAAUAGGAUUCGGAUAUUAUUAUUGGGUAGGGUAGGGAAAAUUGAAAAUCUCUUAAAUAUUUAUAUCGCCAGGUGUGCACAUGUGCAGUGUGGGUGUAUAUCAGAGACUUAUAACUUCUAUGUUGUGCAAUCUGUCAGAACAAGUCGCAGGGGUAAUCCCCUUUAGGGGAAUACCCUUUAGGGUAUUUCCACUCAUUAUUACUAUAUUGAAGUUUUGCCCCCUUAUUUAGGUUUCACAAAAAAUAACUUAUAUAACUCUCAUGCACAGUGAAAAGGAUAGAGGAAAAAUCAUUGGUAAGGUCUUAAGACUUUAUGGUCAUGGUGUCUCAGGAGUAAAAUAUAUAAUUUAAAAAAAUUGGUCCCUAAAUUAGCUGCUCCUGAAAUCUGCCGGCCUUAGCUGAAGCUGACUCAGCCUGUUGGUAAAUCCACCACUGUUUCCAUUUGCCGCAAACUUAAUAUGGAAAUGAAAAAUGCAUUAUCUAAAACAUUAAGAAGCCAAAGAUAAACAAAAUAUUUUUAUUUUUUUGCUAUGGUCACACUUGUGUUAAGCGAUUUGGAAUUCUAUGUUAUAGCCAUCUCGUUUAGGCAAAUGUGUAGCCGUAGCUAUAUAAAUGAUUCUAUGAAGUCAUUUUAUUGGAGUUUCUUAUUAGAGGAUUAUAUACUAGGGUCAGAAGACAAUUGGUAUUUCAAAGAGAAAAAUGCACUAUUCUAUUUGUACUACAGACAAUCAAUUGAAAUGAAAUGUUAUAUCCUAUAUUUGAAUCAAGUUUCCAUGAAGGCCUGUGUUCACCUAUAUAAUAUACUAUUAAACGCGAGACAAACUAACAUACCUAUGUAUGAUUAUAAAUAUUUACAAAUACACUGUUUCAUUGAUAAAGUAAUGCUGCGUCUCCUCUGAAAUAAUUGUCAAUAUCUGUAUUUGCAACUUUGCUAUUAAUCAGAGAAAAUAUUGUAAAAAAAAAAUGUUUAAAAACUUGUUACCAACACUCGCCAACACUAAAUAUUGCCAAUUUUCACUUUGGCGGAGACGUUAUUGUAGAUUUCAUUGUUCGAAUAUAAUUUAUGUGGUUUUGUAAAAUAAACUAACUCGAUUAAUGUUUAAUAUUAAGAUAUGGAAUUAUGUUUAUAUUAUUUAGUUAACUCACUUUUACUUCG